AUGGACAGAGGCGAUGGUAACGUGAAGUACAUUCUCACUGGAGACGGGGUGGGAAGCUUGUUUUUAAUAGACGAGAACUCAGGUGACAUUCACGCCACUAAGAGGUUGGACAGGGAGGAGAGGGCCAUAUACACACUCCACGCUAAGGUGGUGGACAAGAGGACCAAUGAGACACUGGAGGCUGAUACUGAAUUUAACAUCAAGAUCCACGACAUCAACGACAAUGAGCCAAAGUUCUCUAAAGACAUUUAUUUCGCCAGUGUCCCAGAGAUGUCUGAUGUAGGUGAGUAAUUGGUCCUCUUGUGAUGCUUUAUUUAUGUGAAGAAAUGUGAAUGACAAUUAUUUCUUUAACCUAUUUAGUUCACAGAGGCAGAGAUACAGUGCCUUGCAAAAGUAUUCAUCACCCUUGGCGUUUUUCCUAUUUUGUUGCAUUACAACCUGUAAUUUAAAUGGAGUUGUAUUUGGAUUUAAUGUAAUGGACAUACACAAAAUAGUCCAAAUUGGUGAAGUGAAAUGAAAAAAAUAACUUGUUUCAAAAAAUUCAAAAAAAUAAAUAACGGAAAAGUGGUGGAUGCAUAUGCAUUCACCCCAUUUGUUAUGAAGCCCCUAAGUAAGAUCUGGUGCAACCAAUUGCCUUCAGAAGUCACAUAAUUAGUUAAAUUAUGUCCACCUAUGUGCAAUCUAAGUGUCACAUGAUCUCAGUAUAUAUACACCUGUUCUGAAAGGCCCCAGAGUCUGCAACACCACUAAGCAAGGGGCACCACCAAGCAAGUGGCACUAUGAAAACCAAGGAGCUCUCCAAACAGGUCAGGGACAAAAUUGUGAGAAGUAGAGAUCAGGGUUGGGUUAUAAAAAAAUAUCAGAAACUUUGAACAUCCCACGUAGCACCAUUGAAUCAAUUUGUUUUAAAUUGAAAGAAUAUGGCACCACAACAAACCUGCCAAGAGAGGGCCACCCACCAAAACUCACGGACCAGGCAAGGAGGGCAUUAAUCAGAGAGACAAAGAGACCAAAGAUAACCCUGAAGGAGCUGCAAAGCUCCACAGCGGAGAUUGGAGUGUCUGUCCAUAGGACCACUUUAAGCCAUACAGUCCUGGGCUUUACGGAAGAGUGGCCAGAAAAAAGCCAUUGCUUAAAGAAAGAAAUAAGCAAACAUGUUUGGUGUUCGCCAAAGGCAUGUGGGAGACUCCCCAAACAUAUGGAAGAAGGUACUCUGGUCAGGUGAGACUAAAAUUGAGCUUUUUGGCCAUCAAGGAAAACGCUAUGUCUGGCGCAAACCCAACACCUCUCAUCACCCCGAGAACACCAUCCGCACAGUGAAGCAUGGUGGUGGCAGCAUCAUGCUGUGGGGAUGUUUUUCAUCGGCAGGGACUGGGAAACUGGUCAGAAUUGAAGGAAUGAUGGAUGGCGCUAAAUACAGGCAAAUUCUUGAGGGAAACCUGUUUUUGUCUUCCAGAGAUUUGAGACUGGGACGGAAGUUCACCUUCCAGCAGGACAAUGACCCUAAGCAUACUGCUAAAGCAACACUUGAGUGGUUUAAGGGGAAACAUUUAAAUGUCUUGAAAUGGCCUAGUCAAAGCACAGACCUCAAUCCAAUUGAGAAUCUGUGGUAUGACUUAAAGAUUGCUGUACACCAGCGGAACCCAACCAACUUGAAGGAGCUGGAGCAGUUUUGCCUUGAAGAAAUAUCCCAGUGGCUAGAGGUGCCAAGCUUAUAGAGACAUACCUCAAGAGACUUGCAGCUGUAAUUGCUGCAAAAUGUGGCUCUACAAAGUAUUGACUUGGGGGGGGGGGGGGGGGGGUGAAUCGUUAUAUACGCUCAAGUUUUCUGUUUUUUUUGGGUCUUAUUUCUUGUUUGUUUCACAAUAAAAACAUAUUUUGCAUCUUCAAAGUGGUAGGCAUGUUGUGUAAAUCAAAUGAUACAAACCCCCCAAAAAUCCAUUUAAAUUCCAGGUUGUAAGGCAACAAAAUAGGAAAAAUGCCAAGGGGGUGAAUAUUUUCACAAGCCACUGUAAUCAAUGAACUGCAUAUCAGUCAAAUCAUGUCAUUCACACCAUACUAUGCUUAAGUAAUAGUGGAAGGUUGAAAUUAAAGCGUAACCAACCACCAUUUAUUGAAGAUCAGACUCAACAAGUUCUGGUUUGGGCACUGUGAAAAGGUGUACUGUAAAAGUAAAAGUUGUACAGUAAAAGCACUGUAAACCACUAGUACUAUGAGGCAGACUUCCCUUUAAGGUCGAUGCUUCCAGUUUCCAGAAUGAGAAGUGUCUAUUUGUUUGUUAAUUAAUUAAUUCAUCCAUUUUUUUCAUUCAUUCUUUCAUUAAUUUGUUAUUUCGUUCAUUCAUUAUUCAUUCAUUCAUUCAUUCAUUCAUUCAUUCAUUCAUUCAUUCAUUCAUUCAUUCAUUCAUUCAUUCAUUCAUUCAUUCAUUCAUACAUACAUACCCUCGGUAAUGUCAGAAUGAUGCAUUUAUCAUGUGAUUUCUUGUGUGUUAAGUGCAUAGCCAUUACCAAAUGGUAGGUCACGGUCACCAAUGCUUCACCAAACAGAUGAACAAACUGCCCAUGGCCAAAUUGCCCAAAUUGCACCCUUUCCCUAGUGCACUUCUUUUGACCAGGGCCCAUAGGGAUGCAUCACGUGUGUUUAGAAGGUGCAAACUGGUUUGUCAGAGCAGGCAUCCGCGAAGAGUCAGCAGCUAGCUCCCUUUCAUGUUCUCAUUGCAGACAGCUGUUCCUGCAGUCAUUAGUAUGCUUGAAGACAGUCAGACUUAGCCAGGACGUUACAGAGGUCUCCAGAAUGCCAAGGACAAAUGCGUUCCAACUGGCACCCUAUUCCCUAUAGUGCACUAAAUAGGGAAUAGGAUGCCACUUGGGAUGCAGACAUAAUCUGAGCGGUGGCUUGACAAUUUAUGACGUACAUCACAGGGCUAUGAUCCACACACUAGGGGUCAGUUUCGCAGACAUAGAUUAAGGCUAGUCUUGGACUAAGUGGCACUUUCAAUGGAGAAUAUCAGUUGAACAUGAUUUUUUGUCUAGGACUGUGUCUGGGAAACCAGCCACUAGAGGUCUGAUGCAACUCCAAGUAUACCUACAGUUUGGCUUAGUAUUGGAACAAGAAUUACAUUUUUGCCCAAAAAAGUAUAAACUGUACUCUCUUGUUCACCCCAGCAGAGCUUGGAUAAUUUCAGCUCAAUUUACUUCCCGCUCAUAGAUGAUUAUGAUACGUUCUGUGGAAAUGCUUUUUGGGGAAUUGAUUAUUUUUAGCUAUAUUUAUAAUGACAAGAGCAAUGUGCUGUGCAUAUUUCCCUAGGCAAGGUUAACAAGGUACUGUGCAACAUCAAUUGCAAAGCCUCACACAACUUCUGCCUCCCUUUGAGCUGGAUCGCAUUUAAAAUUAUUUUGUCAAAUUUUAUUGUGGUUAUAAUGACUUUAUUAUAUGCAUGCUAUAUCAUUCCUAGUAAUUGCUCUGUGGGUACUUAAAUUCGAUGUAUGGCUAUGUGCAUUAUCUUGGAUGUAUAGCUAUGGGCAUUUUGUUGGAUGUAUGGAUGUGCAUUAUCUUGGAUGCAGAGAUAGGGCCGGCAGGUAGCCUAGCGGUUAGAGUGUUGGGCCAAUAACUGAAAGGUAGUUAUUUCGAAUCCCCGAGCCAACAAGGGGAAAAUAUGUUGAUGUGCCCUUCAGCAAGGCACUUAACCCUAAUUGCUCCAGGGUCACCGUUAAUAAUGGCAGCCCCUGGCAGUGACCCCACUCUCCGAGGGUGUCUCAGGGAGAGUUGGGAUAUGCAAGAAACACAUUUCCAAUUGCAUAUUAAUACAUACUUGUACAUUUGUGAAAUAGGACAAAUAUAAGCACCCACCAAAUUAUAUUAUCUGUAUUUUGCUAUGUACUGUAAGGUCUCUAUCUUCUCCUCAACAGGCACAUCAGUUAUUCAAGUCACCGCGACAGAUGCUGAUGAUCAAACAUACGGGAACAGUGCCAAGCUUGUGUACAGUAUUCUACAGGGUCAACCAUAUUUCUCAGUGGAUUCAGACAAUGGUAAUCUAAUCACAACACCCACAACGGGCAUGCAAACACUUGAAAGAAGCGAUCAUGUGUGUAUCUCUCCUCCUCUACUCUGCAAACAGAGACCCAGCAGCACUCAGUUUGGGGUGUUUGUUUAGGGAAUGAGAUGUGAGUUGAGCUGAUUCAUAGUUUUCCUCUCUACUCUAUCUCUAUGUUAGUCAGGUCGCAUCAAGAAAUGAUAUUUUAAUAGUGGAUGAAUAUAAUGGCUGCUGUGAACUCUUGGCUUCAAUGGCUUGUGGUGUUAAUAUAAACUCUUAGGGUUCAAUGGCUGUUCCCAUAGAAUAACCCUUUUCGGUGUCAGGUAGAACUCUUUUGGGUUCCAUGUACAAGCCUCUGUGGAAAGGGUUUUGCAUGGAACCCAAGUGGGUUCUACUUGGAACUCAAAGGGGUUCUACCUGGAAUCAAAAAGGGUUCUCCAAUGGGGACAGCCGAAGAACCCUUUUAGGUUCUAGAUAGCACUUUACAGUAGUGUUCUGCUUUUGAUACCUUCUUUUGAUAACUACAACAUUCUUGUGAUAUAUUGCGCUUAUACUAAUGAGGACUGGCAAUUCAAAUGUAUUUACUCUAAAUUAAGUAGAUCUUGUCCUUGUAAAUUAGUUUAAUCUCAUGUUAAACCUGACCAGUCAUACUGAUAAUAGUCUAUUUUCUCAUUCAGGCACGAUCAGGACAGCCCUGCCUAACAUGGACAGAGAGACCAAGGAGAACUACCAGGUUGUGAUCCAGGCUAAAGAUAUGGCUGGCCAGAUGGGUGGGUUAUCAGGGACCACCACAGUCAGAAUUACCCUCUCUGAUGAGAAUGACAGCCCACCCCGCUUUGCUAACCGUAAGAGACCUUCCCUCUUCUCAUCUUUGUUGAUAUUCUGUUUUUCGUGAAGGCAAAAAGUGCUGUACAUAUACUACUGUAUGUGCUUUCUUUUUGCUAUCACUGUGCACAUUUUUUAAAACUGAGACAACAAUGGAUCAUCUAGCUUGCAUCGACAGUAUCCUGUGAGCUCUGUCAAAAGUUGGUUUUGAGCAAUGUGUUAUGACAUAACCAAUAACACAUUUACUACAAUUAUACCGAAACUUUGUCAGUUAAAAGGCAGAUAUUGUGCUUUGUACGUAGCCUACGGGUAGGACUGGCAAAAGGUAACAAUCUUUAUGUAAUAAUCCUUUCUGAAGGAGUCCCACAACUAAUGACAUAACAAACCGGAACAUUUCGACACAAGACAAACUCUAUUGUCACGACUUCCGCCGAGGCUGCCUCCCUUCCUUCUUCGGGCAGGUUUCGGCGUUCGGCAUCACCGGCUUACUAGCUACUGCCGAUCCAUUUAUCAUCACUCCAUUUGUCUUGUCUUCAAUCACACACACCUGGUCCUUAUUCCCUCAUUAGUCAUGGUAUAAGCGUUCAAUCUGUUUCCUUGUCUGUGUGGGUGAUUGUUUAUUGUGGAGGUUUGUGAAGCUCGGUGAGCUCGUGUAUUGUGUAUCGACGGGAGUAUUUUCCCGUGUGCCUUGUAUUUUCCAGUGUGCCUGUUUUGUGCCCUGGAGUGUGUUUGACGCAUUUCUGCGUAAACCUGUAUUUUGCGGAUUAAAGCCUGUUAUUCUGUGAUUUACCCUCCUGCGUCUGACGUCUUCAACACCACCUCAUCACAUCUAUAAAGAAUCUGCACUACUUAAUUGAAGCUGAAAGUUUAAAAAUAAAUCAAUAAUACCUCUCCCCCAGGAGACGUAGAUAAACAAACAUUUAAAAAUACACACCAAAUCACAUCGUCCCAGAGUGCAAAGAAUCUGGGGGAUACAACUCCAGUGGUUAUUCUGUUUCUCUUCCAUUUUUUGAAUCGUGUUUUCUUCUUCUCCCCAGAUACGUUUCGUCUGAGCACUCUGGAGUCGGCUGAAGUGGGAGCGGCCAUAGGUCGGAUCAAGGCUAACGAUGCGGACGUGGGGCGGAAUGCUGAGAUGCAGUAUAGCAUCGUCGACCGAGAUGGACAGGAUAUGUUCACUAUCAUCACCGACCAAAACACACAGGAGGGCGUUAUCAGGGUGAAAAAGGUAGGCCCUAAACUUCCAAUACUAUGCUCUCAUGUUUUAAUCGCCUAUGACCCAACUGCUUCAAAUCACAAGAUACCACUUUGUGUAUAGAGAGAGUUAUCCUCUCUCUAAACUAAACCCAUCUUCUAUUAUUAUCAUCUUCAUGAAAGUACUUAAUUCUGUUCACUGUCAAGAGACCCUUAUUCCUCCUGGGAAUUUGUAUAAAGAGUCUGAGACUUUUGAAAUCCAGGUUUAGCUUCUCUUUUCUUAGCCAGGGCCAUACUUUUCAGAGCCUCAGCCAAUUAUGCAAAUUGGAGAGCCUAAGUGAAAAGAGGACGGUGCGUACAUACUGUAUACAUAGGCUCAGAUUAGAAAUGACACCCUGAUAGCAGUCCUUUAUAUCUAAAGGUGCGCUAAAGAUUAAUGGAAUUGACCAUCCACCAAGAAACUCAUAGAUACAGUAAGUAUAAAGCUGUAAGGAGAUAAGUAGGGGAGCUCCGCUUUACUUUACUAAUUCACUAGUUUUUACUUCAACCAAGAAUCCACCAAAUUUAUCAAUUUAAGUAUCAACUUUCAGUUAUGAAUAAUUAUUGAUCAUUUAUCUGUUUCCUUUUCUUCAUAGCAACUGGAUUACGAGAGACAAAGGACAUACUCAUUCAAAGUGGAGGUGACUAACACCUAUCUGGACCCCAGGUUCAUGUACAGUCCGAACCCUCCAUUCAAAGACGACGCCAUGGUGCGGGUGACGAUAGAGGAUGUGGAUGAGCCGCCAGUGUUCAGCAGGAAACCUUAUAUCAUUGAGGUGCACGAGGAUACAGCCGCUGGCAGCUUUGUUGGUGUGGUGUCUGCCAGGGACCCCGAUGCUGACAACAACCCAGUCAAGUAAGUAAUUGUGUCUGCAUGUCAAAUUGCACCCUAUUCCCUACACAGUGCACUACUUUUGGCCAGGACCCAUAGGGCACUGGUCAAAAGAGUGCACUAAAUAGGUAAUAUGGUGCCAGUUGGGAGCAGACCAUACAUUAAACUGAUCUGGCUCAGCAUCUUUGUUAUAAAGUCAGAUAAUCUACAGGAUUUGAUUGGUUGAUUGAUUGACUACAUGUAGUUGGUUGAUUAGUUGACUUACUGAUUGUUUAUAAAUGUUCACUCACUGAAUAAAGCUGUUUUAAUUUAGGUAAUUUGAUUUUCAUAACCUAAUGGACUGUUAUGGUGUAAGAAACCAAUAAUUAAAAGGUAGCAAUAGAAACAAACAAUUCCUGGUGUGGUAAUACGUCUAUAACAACCAUUCAAAGUUUCCUCUUAUUAGGUUUUUUGGGGUGGAAAUGUGGAUCGCUUGGCUAAAUCUAAUCCAUCAGUGUAUCUGAGUGUCAGCGUGGAGGGAGGGUGGAAGAAAAGUAAAUUAUUCAUGGGUCCCUCCUCGUUGACAGCACUGGGAAGAGAAUACAGACACUGUUUAUCUCCACAGAAUUAUGUAAGCAAGCCCAGUGCGGUAGCGGCACAAAGUCAAAGUGAAAGAGCCUAAUUUGCUUUAUCGAUUAACACUGCUCUGUUCCACACAUAUGGCGCAUGUCUGUCUGUGUAUUUGUCUGUCUGUGUAUCUGUCUGUGUAUCUACCUGCCUGCCUGUCUACCCGUCUGACUAUCCGUUCGUCUGUCCGUCUGUCUCUCCAACAUGGAGACAUGCCAGUCUCUGCUCGUGCAGCACAAUGAGGACUGUCAGUAGAAUAUAUAAGUUGACAAUGAUAAAUGAGACAGCAGUAUAGAAGUAUUCAUUAUUUCCUGACAAAGGAAAUAGAAGGAGAGGUAUGAUAUACUGUGUGGGCCAACGCUGGGUGAUUUGUAAUGUAUUUUUUAAUAGAGUCCUGUAUUAUUAUGAUGGAAUUGAUCACAGGAGACAGGAACAACAGCUUUAUGUCUGGGGCAAGACAUCAUGUCUAUAUUAUUAAUUUGAUUGGAUUAAUGUGUAGAUUAGUAUGGGUAUAUUCAAAAUAUGGAUAUUUUUUACACAAUCAAAUAUGAUGUAUUUAUAUUACUCUCUGCAGAUACUCCAUUGACCGCCAUACCGAUCUGGAGAGACUGUUCAACAUUGAUUCUGUAAACGGCACCAUUACAACACUGAAAGGCCUCGACAGGGAGAUGUCAAGAUGGCAUAACAUCUCUGUUGUUGCAACUGAAAUAAGUAAGAUAAACAUCCCUUUUCUAUAACUUUUUUUGUAAAACAUCUUGUGCAUGUUCUCUCAAUUUUGUGGCCUUUGUUAUUACACAAAUUGGUGAUGCUAGAGGCUUUUAUGCACUUUUCAAAAUAGACAAAGACACAUAAAUGGGAUGUGAAAGCUGUACAUGUUCACAUAUCUGCUUAUGUUACACCCAUCAGAUGUCCCAGGUCUAAAUCAGUCCCUGAUUAGAGGGGAAGAAAUAAAAAAAGCAGUGGAACUGGCUUCGAGGUCCAGAUUUAAAUUUAAGGGGUCUACUGUAUGGGCCUGCUAACACACUUCCAAACAUCUUGUUUAGGUAACCCUCGCCAAACCACUCGAGUCCCAGUGUUCAUCAGGGUCCUGGACGUUAACGACAAUGCACCUGAAUUUGCCAUGUAUUACGAGACAUUUGUCUGUGAAAAUGUCCAAUCUGGACAGGUAAAGUAGACAUCAUAAUACUAAGAAUGCUGAGGAAAAGCCUGAAGAAAGUACAUAUGUUUUCGAAUGCCUUUUUGUUUCACUAUCCACAGCUGAUUCAGACGAUAAGUGCGGUUGACACAGAUGAACCUCUUGUUGGACAUAAGUUUGUCUUCAGCAUAAGCUCCUCCAAUCCAAACUUCACUAUCGUUGACAAUGAAGGUAAACGUUAGCCUUCUGUCAUUUUUUAUUGACUAGUAGCAUUUACAAGUAGUCAAUGAUGCUUUGUAUCUGGCCAUUAUCUGUUCAUACUGUACACUGUAAACAAAUAUGUUGUCAUUUUUACAGUACAAUACUGGCAGCACAGAAGCCAGUAACUUACUGUAGAUUUACAGGACAUUUACAGAAACACAAUCCUACAGCAUAUUACUGUAACACCUGACUACAGCAACAUGCUGUAUUUCUAGAGGUUAGGAAACUGUUGUAGACUUACAGUGAAGGCAGCUAGUGCCAAAGAUGGGCAGUAUUUCUGUUAUUUGAUAUAGGUAUUUCAAUACUUAUUUUGUAAUUUGUAUAUCAUUGGCCUGAAGUACAAUUUAUUUAUUUUGUGACAGUUUAAUUAGAAUACAUCUAUCUUGUAUUUUCAAAUAUAGAAAUUAACUUGUAAGUAGCCCGCUUAACUACAACAACAUUCAUGGUAACAUAAUAUUUUUACUUGCUACAAUUUGACUGUGAUAUGCUCUUGUUUAUCUACCUUAGUUUAAUGCACUGACUGUAAGUUGCUCUGGAUAAGAGUGUCUGCUAAAUGACCAAAAUGUACAUGUACAUUUAAAAAUAAACACUUGCAAAGCACACUGCUAGGUAUUAUUCUAAUGAGCUCCGCCCUCAAAGAAGGCCACAUUUGAUCAAAAUACAAAUAGUUUGAGAGUGGAACUCAUUAGAAUAAUACCCAGCAGUGUACUUUGCAAGUGUCCAUUUUCACAAUUAAAUUUUGGUCAUUUAGCAGACGCUCUUGUCUAGACCGACUUACAGUCAGUGCAUUAAACUAAAGUUGAUAAAUAAAUAAACACAUAUCACAGUCAUAGCAAGUAAAACGUUUCUGUAACCAUCACUGAGAAUGUUGUUGUAGUUAAGGAUACAUUGGUCUUCAAGAUAUUUUUUAUUUGUAACAAGAUACCUUUUGAUGCAUCUUUGCCCAGCUCUGGCUAGUGCCAAGUAUGUUACUAUAAUAUUCACAGUAACUUGCCACCAGCGUCCUUAAAGUUAAUGUAAUAUCAGAGCAAUGCUACAGUACCAUACUGUAAAAUGUGCCUACUAUAGGUAUUUCCAUAUUACAGCAUAUUUAUGAAUAUUAGGUGUUUUAUAUCACUUGCGCUUCUAGAGAUCUAAACAAAUGCUUCAAAACUGGCCGUGAGUACAAGGCAAAACAGACCAGAAGAACUUAGCAAAACAGGCAACCAGUAAAGGUUUAAGACUUGCUACCACUCUAAUAUGUUUCUUAUACACAUUACAUUUAUACAUUUGUAGGACACUACUACCACAUAUCAGUUCAAUUGGUACAGCAUUCUCACUAACGGGUGAAUAUAGCCACUUACAAGGCACGCCUCUAAAUAUGUUAAUGAGCCAGCAAUCCUUUCCCCUCCAACAAAAUUUUUCCACAAUGCACCCUCAUUUACAUAAUGCUUCAGUAAAUAUAGAGCAAAACAGCAAUACAGUACUUCAUUGUUAAAUUGUAUUGUAAUACAAUUACAACAAUUGCUAACACUGAAUAUGUAAUUAUAUAUUACAGCAUACCAAUGAAUAUUUGGUGUUUUAUAUUACUUGCACUUGUAGAGGCCUUAACAAAUGUUUCUAAACUGGCAGUGACUACAGGGCAAAACAGAUCAAAAGGAUAUGGCUAAACACGCAACCAUUACAGGUUUGAGAUUUGCUGCCUCUCUGAUCUGUCCCCUACACAUAUUAGGGGUGACCUGAGGGGCUUUGAGGUACCAGAACGCAUGAAAAAAAAUCACCUUUAUAAUAAAGCAUUAUUAUUGCUUUUGUGUACUGGCAUACAGCAGUAGAGUAGAGGCGCUUGCACACAUUGGGGGAAAAGUUUGUAGCCCAGGGACAGGAACAUUAUUGGCCUUUUAUGAACGGAUUUCAUGCAAUUCUACAUACACUGCUCAAAAAAAAUAAAGGGAACACUUAAACAACACAAUGUAACUCGAAGUCAAUCACACUUCUGUGAAAUCAAACUGUCCACUUAGGAAGCAACACUGAUUGACAAUACAUUUCACAUGCUGUUGUGCAAAUGGAAUAGACAACAGGUGGAAAUUAUAGGCAAUUAGCAAGACACCCCCAAUAAAGAAGUGGUUCUGCAGGUGGUGACCACAGACCACUUUUCAGUUCCUAUGCUUCCUGGCUGAUGUUUUGGUCACUUUUGAAUGCUGGCGGUGCUUUCACUCUAGUGGUAGCAUGAGACGGAGUAUACAACCCACACAAGUGGCUCAGGUAGUGCAGCUCAUCCAGGAUGGCACAUCAAUGCGAGCUGUGGCAAGAAGGUUUGCUGUGUCUGUCACCGUAGUGUCCAGAGCAUGGAGGCGCUACCAGGAGACAGGCCAGUACAUCAGGAGACGUGGAGGAGGCCGUAGGAGGGCAACAACCCAGCAGCAGGACCGCUACCUCUGCCUUUAUGCAAGGAGGAGCAGGAGCAGCACUGCCAGAGCCCUGCAAAAUGACCUCCAGCAGGCCACAAAUGUGCAUGUGUCUGCUCAAACGGUCAGAAACAGACUCCAUGAGGGUGGUAUGAGGGCCCGACGUCCACAGGUGGGGGUUUUGCUUACAGCCCAACACCGUGCAGGACGUUUGGCAUUUGCCAGAGAACACCAAGAUUGGCAAAUUCGCCACUGGCGCCCUGUGCUCUUCACAGAUGAAAGCAGGUUCACACUGAGCACAUGUGACAGACGUGACAGAGUCUGGAGACGCCGUGGAAAGCGUUCUGCUGCCUGCAAAAUCCUCCAGCAUGACCGGUUUGGCGAUGGGUCAGUCAUGGUAUGGGGUGGCAUUUCUUUGGGGGGCCGCACAGCCCUCCAUGUGCUCGCCAGAGGUAGCCUGACUGCCAUUAGGUACUGAGAUGAGAUCCUCAGACCCCUUGUGAGACCAUAUGCUGGUGCGGUUGGCCCUGGGUUCCUCCGAAUGCAAGACAAUGCUAGACCUCAUGUGGCUGGAGUGUGUCAGCAGUUCCUGCAAGAGGAAGGCAUUGAUGCUAUGGACUGGCCCGCCCGUUCCCCAGACCUGAAUCCAAUUGAGCACAUCUGGGACAUCGUGUCUCGCUCCAUCCACCAACGCCACGAUGCACCACAGACCCAGGAGUUGGCGGAUGCUUUAGUCCAGGUCUGGGAGGAGAUCCCUCAGGAGACCAUCCGCCACCUCAUCAGGAGCAUGCCCAGGAGUUGUAGGGAGGUCAUACAGGCACGUGGAGGCCACACACACUACUGAGCCUCAUUUUGACUUGUUUUAAGGACAUUACAUCAAAGUUGGAUCAGCCUGUAGUGUGGUUUUCCACUUUAAUUUUGAGGGUGACUCCAAAUCCAGACCUCCAUGGGUUGAUAAAUUUGAUUUCCAUUGAUCAUUUUUGUGUGAUUUUGUUGUCAGCACAUUCAACUAUGUAAAGAAAAAAGUAUUUAAUAAGAUUAUUUCAUUCAUUCAGAUCUAGGAUGUGUUGUUUAAGUGUUCCCUUUGUUUUUUUGAGCAGUGUAUUUUUAGAUGACUGAAGACUUUAGCAGAAUAGUUUUUAAUACCUCACAAAUCGAAAUGACAGGCUACUUUGACACAGACAAACUGAGAAUCUGAGAUCAAUAAAAACGACCUUGUCUUGAAUCCAUCAAUGGCCUAGGGCUAGGUGUGUGGAGACACAUACAGUAUAUUGUACAAUAUGCAGAAGAAAAUAUAGUUCUAAAAAAGCUUUACAGUUUCACUGACUCACCCAAUGAUGCGCAGCUCACUCACCGGCGAUGGCUGGUGUCAAAAGCCUCUCUCCUGUUUUACUUUGUAAAACAAUGCUGUUCGCUCAAUAGGCCUAUUUGGUGAGCCUACAGGCUGAUUGGUCUUCUCUUUUCCACAGGAGCCAUUUGCUUUCCAAUCUGUCUUUUCCCACGAUUGGAUUUGAAAUAUUGCGAUAGGCCUGUUUUGGCUGCAUGUCAGUGUAGCGGAAUGCCAUUGAGCCCCCAAAAUGCAUUGCUCUUUACAGUACUGUUUUGUAAUAUAGAAUUACAGUAGCUAACUGUACAAUUUUUGCUGUGAAUUUACAGCAAUUUGUUACAGUGAUGGUGUGAGAUGUAUUAUGUCCUUUUUUUAACCUAUGGAGCUGCAACAAUACAAGCUUUAGGGGGACCAUUUGUUUAAAACAUUAGAAACUACCUUUCAUUUCUCAUAUCCUCUAUUUCUUUCCUCUGCGAUCCACCCCUUAGAUAACACAGCCAGGAUCCUGACUCGGAGGGCAGGAUUCAGCCGGCGUGAGAUGAAUACCUACCUACUGCCCGUAGUGAUCUCGGACAAUGACUACCCUAUCCAGAGCAGCACCAGCACUUUGACUGUGAACGUGUGUGCCUGCGACAGCCGGGGGAACAUGCAGUCCUGCAACACUGAGGCUCUGCUGUCUGCCGGGCUGAGCACUGGAGCCCUGGUGGCUAUCCUGCUCUGUGUCAUUAUCCUCUUGAGUAAGUAUUACUAUCAAUCACACUGGUACAGACAGUCAACAGCCUUGUGUAGAGCCCAUAGGGCUCUGGUCAAAUUUAGAGAAAUCUAGGGAAUAUGGUGCCAUUUGGGAGACUCCCAAAUACUCAAGUACUCUUCUUAAGUCUAAACAUACGGUACAGUAGAACCCACUUAUCCACUUAUUAAAAGGUGGGGGCAAUUAUUCUGGGCUGUGUUGGACUCUACCACAACUAACUAUACUGCACUGUGCUGAACUGGUCUGUAGCCACAAAGUCCUUCGACAGCACUUAAAUCCACUGUGUUACUUCUGUGACUCUACACCUUGUUCUUCUUUGUGUCUAUUCCUUUCAUUAUCAAACUUCUUCAACUAAAGAUAGUUGAAAGUAGGACCACUCGCUGAGACAUUACUUUGCUGGCUGCUUGUGUAAAUAGUGUGUUUUCUCAUGAAAAUGGUGCAGCGGGAUGAAAGCUUUCAUUAGUGGAUAUAUCCACUUGACAAAAAGGUCUUUGUGUUUUUCCGUGCUAAAGUAGGUCACAUGCUAUUUCCUGACUUCCUAAAGCACCACUUCAGCCCCCUUUGUGAGCUAAUGCAGUAUGUAAACGCACACAGUGCAAAACAGCAAGUGUGCAUGUAAUUUUCCCCGGCAAAAAGCUAAAAUAUGUAGUGCUUAUGUUCAAGGGUAUAUCAAUAAGUAAUGGCCAAAAAACUUACUUUGAACCUGAUACUGCACUUGGCCAAGCAUAACCCAGUGCCACCUAAAGAGCAUCAUCUAGGAGCCAUAAAAAGUCAUGACAGUGACCUAUCGGCAACAUAAAUACCAAUCCACUCAGUUUUGCUUCACAUCGUACCUAAGAACAGCCCUUAGCCAAGUGUUAUGCACGAUAUUACAACGGUUCUAAUGUGCCUGAGUGUUUGCCAUUCUUCCUCCUCACUCGAUACUGCAGACACCCAGCUCAUCUAUUGACGUGUUCACCUGUUCAUGUGUAUGCUCUCUUUCUUUCACAAACACUUGUUCCAUGAUCUCCGUUUAACUAGAAUCAUGUUCGCAUCCUCACCUAGCCACUGAUCCCUCGCUAGCAAAUUAAGUAUUGACAUAUCUUCCACUGCAUGCCUGUUCCUCCUCACAGUCCCACUUCACUUGUCUGUCUCGCACUGAAGAGAGCUCUACUGUAGCUCUGGCUUCUGGCUCACGCAGAUUGGAAGUGCUGAAGGUUGAACCCCAUGCUCGCCUCUUGAGCGAAAUAUCAUGACAUCUGCUCAUUAUCCAAUGGUUUUCUCGCUUGAACCCCUAUGACAGGCUGUCUAAUUUACCUCUUCUACGCCUCCGACAGACAGGCAGGCAGUCAGUAGGCGCUGGGCUGGAACGGUUUGCCCUCCUGCUCCUCCUCCUCCUCCUCCUCCUCCUCGCCACCCCAAACAACCCAAAACCACGGCAUGGGUCAGUCAGAAAGGUCUGGAAACAGGGCCUCUAAAGAGCCCCUCCUGCAGAGAGAGCUUUAUAAUUAACGCCUAAGUGGGAGGCAGGUAGAGCACUACAGCACCUGCUGAGAGGUGGAAAGAGGAGGAGGAGGAAGAGGAGGAGGAGGGAGUAACACUGGCUGGCUUCAGCAUGAAGCCCCAAUGAGAGGGAAUAUUUUUUGCUAUUUUUGCUCCUUUUUCAUGAAAAUAAUGAGCUGUAUCCCACAAUAAUCCCACGCUCUCAUAGUGCCACUCUGGAUGCAAAUUCCUGCACAUGCUGGCAAGUUUUGAUUAAAAGUCUGGCUCAAAAAUGAAAAUAUGAUAAGAUGCAUUUAAUCAUGUGUGUAAGGGUAGUCUGACUUCAGAGAGAAAAAAGGAAGCACUCUUUCAAGUGCUACAGCUUUUCUACAGUGAAUGUGACGUUAAGCGGAAAAGAGAAAGAAAAUCUUUUCUGCUCAAUCUUUAAUACAAGGAGGUGAGUGCAGCGGAUUUAUCCCAGAUAGCAAAUGUGUCUUUCUCUCUUCUGUGAAUUUCUGAGUCUCCUUAAUGCAUGACACAUGUAUCGAAGCACACUCCUCUCCUCUCCCAUCUCAUACUCAAGUUCUUCUCUCUCUUUCCCUCUCUCUUUGUGUCUAUAGUGAUCGUGGUGCUGUUCGCUGCCCUGAGGAGGCAGCAGAGGAAGAAGGAGCCUCUGAUCAUCUCCAAAGAGGAUGUGAGAGACAACGUCGUCAGCUACAAUGAUGAAGGGGGCGGAGAGGAGGACACCCAGGCCUUUGAUAUCGGCACGCUGCGCAACCCAGAGGUGAUGGACGCUAAGAAGCUGCGCAGGGACAUCAUCCCAGAGAUGCUCUUUCCCUUCCAGAGGACAUCACCUAUAAAGGAUAACGCCGACGUCAGAGAAUUCAUUCACGGGAGGCUCCAUGAGAACGACUCGGACCCCACCGCACCGCCCUACGACUCCCUGGCCACCUACGCCUACGAGGGGAGCGGCUCGCUAGCCGAGUCCCUCAGCUCCCUGGAGUCUGGAUGUACGGAGGGGGACCAGGAGUAUGAUUACCUCAGCAACUGGGGACCACCAUUCAAAAAACUAGCAGACAUGUAUAUAGGGAAGGACACGGCGAGAGAAACCUAG